AUAGAUAACACUGUCAAUGCAUGUAUAGAGUCGUCAAUACGACGUCAUGCUCGUUCAAAGACGUUAUAGAUUGAUAUUUUUUUAAGAUAAAAUCUUUUGUUAUGAAAAUGAUUCUCCUAUAGUGAAGUGCCUUUAGAUGAUAGUGCUUAAAAUGUUAAAAGGAUAUUAAAUGGAGAUUAAUGAGCGAGCUACUGGCGCGAGUUGGCGCUGGCCACUUCUUGUAGCGGUUAUGGUGCUUAACAUCUGCUUGCCCAGUUUGGUACUUUCAUAUGGUGUGAUUUGGAUACAUUUGGCGAAUUACGAAGUCCCUUUAUGGCUCGGUCUUGCUGCUCCAUCAAUCUUCAUACUAAUUUAUGGGUUAACACAAUGCUGGUUCAGAGAGGCGGCCAACUCAUGGGGCGGGUCGAUAGGUUACAGGGUUAUGGCUUCAGUCGGACUUGUGCUCGUGAUUCUUGGUUUAAUAAUUUGCGCCUUCAUUCCUUAUCAUAUACAACCGUUCGUGUAUGGUAUAUUCGGUGGUGUAGGUUCAUCGCUAAUCUCGGCUCAAGUUGAUGCAGUUCUCUUCGAAACAUAUGAUUCACGCCUGGGCUUCAUACGAGGGUUGUGUUAUACGGGGCAGGCUGUUGGUCAAUCCACUUUUCCGCAUAUUUUAUACGUGCUCAUAGAACAAUACGGUUACCACUUUUCGUACAUAGUAUUAGCUGGUAUCAUGUUACAAACAUUGCCAGCAAUAAUGUUAUUGAAAAUAGAUGAGACUAGAAAAUCUAGCUACUUCUCUAGGUACAAGGAAUUGUCUCAAACGUUUAUGGUUUUCAAUAACGAUUCUAUGGACAAUUUCUAUGGUACUGAACUAAAACUACACGAUUUGAGUAAAAAAUGUUGGAAGAGUCCUUCGAGUGAUAAUCUACAUAAACUAGACGAAUUUGAUUACGACGAUGGGAGUAUUAUUGAAACAAUAACGCCGCCUCCUAGUCCGGAAGAAAAGAGAAGGAACAUGUUCGGUGUUGAAAUUUUACCAGAAAUACCAGAGGAAAGUGAAGAGAGUGACGUAGAUGAGCAUAGCUUGACAAGUAAAAAUAGUAAUAAGAAACGCCUCAGUGUCGCUAUAAAAAGGUUCAGUACAUUGGGUGACAACCUUGACGAAUGUAUCAUAAAUCAGUUAAGAAAAGAUUCUCAAUGCAAUGGCGAUACAAACGACAAAGAUUAUUCGGAAGUUGAAGUCACUUAUGAAACUAUAGCCCCUGUGACUGAUAUUCACACAGAGAAAAUUUUGAACUCUUUCAGCUUUCGAUGUCAAUCCGCUUAUGUUAAUAUGAGGAGAAAGUUUUUGAUACCGUCAUAUAGAAUUUAUAGGAUACGACGAAGAUUUUUGUACCUGAUGUAUAAUAUUAAUGAAACAUUUUUCAAACCGUUAACGAGAUCACUCUCUUGCAUAAAAUUUUACCCAGCUUUACUAUUAAGUUUCACCAAACUGACUCUAACGGGAGUUGGUGUUGUGCUGUUGCCCAUGAUUGGGUUGCAGUUGCGACCUCGAAUAGCAGUGUUGGAAAACAAUUUUUUAAUGUCAUUACAUGGAUUCACUUGGGUGUGUUUCCUAAUGUGCACGCCUUGGCUGGCACAAACUCCGAAAAGAAACUUUAAGUACGUCGCAGUCUGUGGACUCCUCAUAACAACUUGUGCGUGUUUUGUAUUGGCAGAAGCCAGAAACCACAACUCGUUCGCUAUCGGCUGUGUAGCGGCCGGUUUCGGGUACGGAGCUGUCACCUCGUGUUGGGAAACAGCCGCUCAAGACUUCGUCGGAGCUCGCAAAUGGCCAAAAAUUCACAGUACAUUAGAAACCCUAUCAGCGAUCCUCCAAGCUUUGUUUGUCGUGGGAAUAUUCUUUGCACUGCGACAAGAAAGCGGUCUUCAAUUUUCAAUGUUAAUUUUAUGUAUAGUACUGGCUGUCUGUACAUUACUUUGGUCUAUAAUCGCAAUCGUAUCAAUUUAUAAGAGCAAAGUUAGAUUAUUUAGUUUUAAAAAAAAACGAGGCUUUACUUGAAUGAGUGAUACCCAAUUAUUUAAAAUAUUUUUACUUAACGUUGAAUCUAUAUUAGUGAAUGUUGAUCUAGUUAGUUUAUGUAUAAAUUUAGGUAUAAGCUAAUUUUCGAUGACAAUUAAACAAUUUAAUAUAAUAAACAAGUACCUACCAUGAUAUUGUACAUAUAUAAUAAAAAUACCGGUUUUAAAUAUCGACAAUUAUGAAUAACAUUAUUUAUUACUUAAUUAUUUAUGAUUAAAGAAACUAAAAUAUAUUUUUACAUUCGAA